AUGUUGUGGCAGCGCCUCCAAGCCUUCUUCCAUGCCAAGUUCGGCAACGCGCUGCGAACCACGAGCGCCAGCGUCCCGUCGAGCGGCGUCCGCCACCUCGACGUCUUUUCGCCGCAAGCGCUUUCGCGGAGCUGGUCCUGCGGCAUGUACACCGACAUGCACACGCCCGCCAACAAGGCCGCCCGCUACGCGGAGCUCACAGUCGGCGUUGAGCACACUGUUGAAGAAGCCACGGACAGGAUGCCUGGCGAAGACGGGGUUACGUCAGCGGCCCCGUCCGCGCAGCUCAAGGAAUCCGCGCGCAACCCACGCAGCUACAUGUCCCGCGCGUGUAAAACGCGCGAGUAA